UAUAUGCAUAUAGCAAAUAUAAGUAGUUGGAAAACUCUUAAGAAACUAGAAGACCUAGAUCAAAAUGAGUGUUCCAACUGUGCUAGUUUUACCAUUACCAGCUCAAGGACAUGUCAACCCAAUGAUGAUCUUCUCGCAAAGAUUGGCUGAAAAUGGUUGCAAUGUCAUCUUUGUCAACACUGAAUUCAUCCAUAAGAAGGUACUGAGUUCCAUGGGGAAUCAAGAAGGCGGCGGUGUUAACGGAGAAUCGCCGAUAAAGUUGGUGUCAAUCCCGGAUGGAUUAGGACCUGAUGCAGACAGAAAUAAUUUGUGGGAAGUAUCUGAUUCUUUAAUGAAGAACAUGCCUGCUAUGCUUGAGAAGCUAAUUGAAGAUCUUAGAUUGAAAGAUGGUAUCAUAGUAAGCUGCGUAGUUGCUGACUCAGCUAUGGCAGGAGCGUUGAAAAUUGCAAGCAAGAUUGGAAUCAAAGGAGUUGUGUUCUAUCCUGCAUCAGCAGCUAUGUUAGCCUUGCAGUGUAGCAUACCAAAGCUUAUUGAUGAUGGGAUCAUAAACUCUAAUGGGUUGCCUAACACACAAAAGACGUUUCAGUUAUCAGCAAGUUUUCCACACAUGGACACAGGAUCCAUAUGGUGGGCAAAAGGAGUUGACUCUGUUUUAGGGAAUGUGAUGUUCAACAAUAUUGUUCAUGCCAUGCAAACUCUGGAAUUGACAGAGUGGUGGCUUUGUAACUCCACACCCGAUCUUGAACCACAAGCAUUCUCCUAUGUACCAAAGUUAUUGUCAAUUGGUCCAUUAUUGAGAAGCCAUGAUGACAAUCAAGGUGUAUCUGAAAGAUCAUUGGGACAGUUCUUAGAAGAAGAUCUGUCUUGUAUAAAUUGGCUUGAUCAACAACCUCAUACUUCUGUCAUAUAUGUUGCUUUCGGAAGUCUCACUCAUUUUGAUAAAAAACAAUUCACAGAAGUGGCUCUUGGACUUGAACUCACUAAUGGACCAUUUCUUUGGGUUGUGCGUCAAGAUUCCAAUUGCAACCCCCAUGAAUUUAAGGGGAAUCAAGGUAAGGUAGUCAAAUGGGCUUCUCAACAAAAAGUGUUAAGUCACCCUGCCAUAGCUUGUUUUGUUAGCCAUUGCGGUUGGAAUUCGACUAUAGAAGGUUUGUCCAAUGGAGUCCCCUUCUUGUGUUGGCCAUGUUUUGGUGACCAAUUCUUUAAUAAAACAUACAUUUGUGAUGAGUUGAAAGUUGGAUUAGGAUUUGAUUUAGAUGAAAAUGAAUUGAUCUCACGUGAAGAGAUAAAAGUGAAAGUGGAUAAAGUGCUUAGCGAUGAGAACAUAAGAUCAAAUGCUCAUUUGUUAAAGGAAAAGAUGUUGAACAACAUAAAAGAUGGAGGAAGGUCUCGUGAGAAUUUAAACAAGUUCAUCAAAUGGUUGAAAGAAUAAAGAUUCUAAUUUGUGUUGAGUUGUAAUAAUUAUUAUAUAUUAUAAUUUAUAAACAAAGAAGGC